GCCCUGCAGAGCCGAGAAUGGGAGAACAGUGGGCUGUCUGAGCUGCGUGCCCGGCCGUCUCCUCUCUGCACCUCGCUCUCACCGCCCGCCUGCUCGCCACCCAGAAAGCUCCCGUGCACCGACCAGCGAGAGCCGGAGGACGAGAGGCGCGAACGGCACCCCAAGAGAAGGGCUCAAGAGGGCAACCCCAGCGAUCUGAUUAACCUGUGGCUGGGAACACCUUCCACCAUGGCCACCUCAGCGAGCUCCCACUUAAACAAAGGUGUUAAGCAGGUGUACAUGUCCCUGCCUCAGGGUGAGAAGGUCCAAGCUGUGUACAUCUGGAUUGAUGGUACUGGAGAAGGGCUGCGCUGCAAGACCCGGACCUUGGACUGUGAGCCCAAGUGUAUAGAAGAUUUGCCUGAGUGGAAUUUUGAUGGCUCUAGUACUUAUCAGUCUGAAGGCUCCAACAGUGACAUGUAUCUCGUCCCUGCUGCCAUGUUUCGGGACCCUUUCCGCAAGGACCCCAACAAGCUGGUGUUCUGUGAAGUCUUCAAGUACAACCGAAAGCCUGCAGAGACCAAUUUAAGGCAUACCUGUAAACGGAUAAUGGACAUGGUGAGCAAUCAGCAACCGUGGUUUGGAAUGGAGCAGGAAUACACUCUCAUGGGCACAGAUGGGCACCCUUUUGGUUGGCCUUCCAAUGGCUUCCCUGGGCCCCAGGGUCCAUACUACUGUGGUGUGGGUGCGGACAAAGCCUAUGGCAGGGACAUCGUAGAGGCUCACUACCGGGCCUGUUUGUAUGCUGGCGUCAAGAUUGCAGGGACAAAUGCUGAGGCCAUGCCUGCCCAGUGGGAAUUCCAGAUAGGACCCUGUGAAGGAAUCGACAUGGGAGAUCAUCUCUGGGUGGCCCGUUUCAUCUUACAUUGUGUAUGUGAAGAUUUCGGAGUGAUAGCAACCUUUGAUCCUAAGCCCAUUCCUGGGAACUGGAAUGGUGCAGGCUGCCACACCAACUUCAGCACCAAGGCCAUGCGAGAGGAGAACGGUCUGAAGUACAUUGAAGAGGCCAUCGAGAAACUGAGCAAGCGGCACCAGUACCAUAUCCGAGCCUAUGAUCCCAAGGGGGGCCUGGAUAAUGCCCGGCGCCUAACUGGAUUCCACGAAACCUCCAACAUCAACGACUUUUCUGCCGGUGUGGCCAACCGCAGUGCUAGCAUCCGCAUUCCCAGGACUGUCGGUCAGGAGAGGAAGGGUUACUUUGAAGACCGUCGCCCCUCUGCCAACUGUGACCCCUUUUCGGUGACGGAAGCCCUCAUCCGCACAUGUCUUCUCAACGAAACUGGCGAUGAGCCCUUCCAGUAUAAAAACUAAGUGGACUAGACUUGCAGCCGUCAAACUCCUCCUAAUUCUUCACCCGUUCCCACAUUCUCCCUUCUCAAUUGUCCUAAUAGCUAUAACUCAAAGGGCGGAAUAUCCAGGUCUUUUUUUUAUUCCUCAUGCCCAGUUAAUAUCUCAGUGCUUUGGCCAGAAUAGAGGGGUCAAGUUCUUAAUAUCUUUGCACCCACCCAUCCACCCAUCCAUUUUUUCCUAUCUCUGAAGCUUUCUAAUGCAUUAGAGGGGAAGGGGUUAGGGAAACAUAACCACUGCUUCCAUUUAAUCAGGUGUGUUUGUCCAAUAGGCAUAGCUGUCUGGACAGAGAGCAUAGUAUUUGUGACAGGAGGGCUAGGAUUUUUUCUUGAGGUAGCUGGGGAAGGGGUUGCUGACUUAAACUCUGGUUAGGUUAGGAUUUCCCCUCUUGGUAGAAAGUUCUGUUUCUUACAAGGUUAUAACCAACUUUCUAUUAAAAGUGAGAAUUAGGAGAGAAGGAAGGGUGGGAAUCAGGCCCUUUACUGGUGGGAUCCUUCCCUUGCCUGGAGCUAAAUGCCCUCACCUCAGGUCAAGGUCAGCAUACGAUGGAUUGUCCUACCUUAGAAGAAAAAGUUCUUACUGCUUAGUCCUCCAUUUAUAACACAAAGCAGAGUAGUAUUUUUAUAUUUAAAUGUAAAAACAAAGAAAUUAUAUAUAUGGGUGUGCAGAUACCUGUGUUUUCUUAAGGAGAAAAACCAUUCUUGUCAUUGGGAGCCAAAUUUGAAGCAAAUAGUCUGGUUCGAACUAAGGGUUUUUUGAGCAGGGUUGAGGCAGGUGGUGCUUGAAAAGUUGGCUGUUUGGGGCUGUUAUUCCCUCACUCAAGGGUCUGUGUCCUGCCCAUCCUACUAGAUGGGGGGUAGAACUGGCUGGUUAACAGGUGGGAAGCACGUUCUAGAAAUAGUCACCUGAGCCCUGUGGCUUUAGUUUAAAAGAUACACAUGUACUUGUACACGGGUUUAGAAAUAAGAGUUGGCUGGUCAACUUGAGCAUGUUACUGACAAGGGGGUUAUUGGAGUUAUUUUCUGGUGGGGUUAGCAUGUCACUAAAGCAGGCCUUUUGAUAUAUUAAAAAAAUUUUUUUUAAAGCAAGUUUAGAUUUUAAUCAUAUUUGUAGGGUUCCUAAGUCCUUGUUUUACAGAAUUGCUUGUUUGCUUGAGCUCUCCCUCCCAUCUCUGCUCUUGAGAUGGGGACAGGACUGGAGUCAAAACACUUGUAAUUUUGUUUGUAUCCUGGUGUCUGUUCUCUUGAGUGUACUGUUCCUUUUCCUUUGUUAAGAUCCUUGAGGAGUUUUCUUUCUUUUACAAUAAAAACAAGCCCCACCUUCAUCCUUACAUCAUCUGUACUGUUGCUGCCUGUUUUUGUGUUGGCCGGCUGCGGCAGGCUGGCUGUGGUUUUCUCUUGCCAUGACGACUUCUGAUUGCCACGUACAGUAUGUUCAGCUAGAUAACUCCUCAUUGUAAACAAACUGUUAACUGCCCAGAGCAGCUCUUAUAAACCAACCUAACAUUUAUAAAAUCUUUUCUGACUUGA